CUUGUCUAAUUGAGCAAGCACUUCGAUUGCACAAUCACUUGGUAAUGAUUGCACAAUCACUUGGACGGUAAUCAAAAUGAUCAAUCAACUCUAAAAAUACACUUGGUCCUUGGAUGAGUUGGAUCUAAUUACAAACAAGGAAGGAAGACCGACUAUAAAUAUGAAGAGAAUUGUUGCAAUAGCCAUCCUGCGAAAAUUGAAACACGACCGUGGUUGUGCUCUGCUGGAUAUUUCCACUAUUCCAGUUCACAGAAAAUAUCUCGAGCUCAAUCACAUUCACACUUCACAGCCACAGGUGGGAAAAAUAAUUUCGCGUCCGGUCCGGUCCCGGGCUCCAGCUCGUCUUCCAGUUCCAUUCCUCAUCAAUCAAGGCGCUUCAAGUUCAAACUCCUCGAUCUUCUCUCCCUCGCCUCUGACGGCUCGAUCAGAUCUGGUCACUGAGCUGACUGUUGUUUGCCCUCGCCUCAGAAUUGGACUGUCCGUAGGCGUAGUACGUAGAGUAGACAGGAACAAGUGUAGUCACAUUUUCUCUCGACUAAAGAAGAGCUAAAAGCAAGACCAUGGUGCGACGAGAGGGGACUCGCUUUGGUGUGUGGACUGGUCACAGUUUGAGAAGAUCUGUCCAGUCUCAGAAGGCUGUCCAUUCCAGCCAAAAUAUUGUUGUGAGGGCUUCUACGGAUGUGAAGGUCAAACGGGCUCAGAAACAGGCUUCAUCUGUGGUUGAGAAUCAUCUCCAGAAUAGGUCAUUAAACCUCAAAGGUUUCAGCAAUGAGACAGUCCUCCCAUUUUCUCUCAACAAAAACAAGCGAUGGGAGGUCGUUGAUGCCUUGAAAAAGGAUGUAGGAACUCUGUGCUGCCAGGGCGACCGCAUCACCGUUAGUGAACAUCACAUCAACAUUGGCAAUCCUGAGGUAGACUGUACAGCCUCUUAUGAUUCCAUGUCCAAGUUCUCUCCAAAGAAGACAUACGCAAGGGCAGCAGACCUAGCACCAAAGGAGACGGAACCAUCCACCGACCAAGUCGCUGCACAGGACAAGGAAUUCGGAACGAAGAACCGAAGAAGACGGCAGAAGAGGAAGGUGAAGGUGGAUAAGGUUACCGGAGUCCAAGAAGAAGUAUUCUCGGUCAAUGUUAGCUAUGCUGUUAAUGUGGCUCCACCAAAGCACACGUUGCAUACCUUCCAUAGGAGAAACAGAACAAAUGGAUUGGAUGUUGGCAAUGGUGAAAAUAUUGCCUUGCAGGUAACCAAGCAAGGAACAAAGAAAAGGAACAAGAAAGUGUCGGGCAGUAUCUUAGAUGACCUUGACUCAGUUGGAGAAUAUGAUGCUGUCGAAUACUACUAUGAUGAAGAAGAUGACCAAGAGGUGAUGGACGAAUUCAGAUGUAUUCCAAGGUCAGAGGUUACGGCUGUCUUUGGAAUGUUUGUAGUAGAUACAGAUCGGCAGACAGCAGGAUUUAAUCAGAAGAGGAAGAAUCCUUCUCCAAGUCCCAGGACCAAGGAACACAUCUUCCAGAUUGAUUUAGAAGAACCCCAGGAAUCGGGAGAGACUCCUUUGGAAGUAGAAGAUAAUGCCAUUUUAACAUUUCCAGUCUCAACAGACAAUAUUCAGCCUGCAUACCUCAAAGGCACAUUUAGUGACGAUUACCAAGAGGCCUACAGCUGUCCUCGUAGAUUUUCUGUCAACAUCACCAAUAGGGUUAUCAGAAAAGUGCGCGUAAUCCCAAAACACGGCAGCAACCUGUCAGACAUGCUGCUUUCAACAGGGAACCAGGUUUUCGUAAUCUUCUGCAUGCCCGUGCAAGAUUCCAGUCAGCAUGAGAACAUAUCCGCUACAGUUGUCGGAGAUCGAUUCAAUCAGAUGGAUGCGGAGAAGAUCUUGUAUGGAUACCAAGGUGAGAUCGGAUGUGUAUCAGAUGCAGUGGACAGGAUCGCAGAGGUUAUUGCCACCAAAGUCAAAUUUAGGUCAUAUAAGGAUAAGCUGAGCAUCAGUCAAAAGAAGAAGUCAAGAGGAGUUCCCCUCACUACUGUUGCUGACUCAUUGAAAUGGGAAAGUGAGACAUGGUCACAACAACGCAUGUGGAAACGGAUUAUUGCACAUGAGGAUGAUAAGCGUGAAGAGGAAUCAAGGAUCAAAGAGGAGAUCCCUGAGGACCAUGCAGAGACAUGUAAGAUCUGUUAUGUAGACAUCUCAGAGGCAUGUCCUGGUACUUAUCUUCAGCCAUGCAACCAUUUAUUCUGUGAUGGAUGCUGGAAGCAUUACCUCAUUGCCAAAGUGACGCAGGGCGAUCCUCGUAUUGCCUGCCCGGAAUUCAAUUGCAAGGUCCCUGUUGACAGAGUGAUUGUGAUGUCUCUGGUACCCAGUAAGAUCGCAUCUUUCCACCUGCAACAGAAGAUCAACGCAGCCGUCGCUUCUGACAAGUAUUUCCAGUGGUGUCCAAACAAGGGUUGUCAAUGUAUGGCGAGAUUCGCUCCUGUAGCAUCGGGCCCUCUGACAAUCUCAUGCGAAUGUGGCUCUGUGUGGUGUUCCAAGUGUAUGCAAGAAGCCCACUGGCCAGCCACCUGCGCUGAAGCUGCUACAUACAGGGCAGACAAGGCUUAUGUGUUGACGUGUGUGGCAUCAGGAUUCAACGAAAUCCUCGUCGACAACGUCAGAUUCAAGAACUGUCCUGAGUGCAACAAUUCCAUUGAAAAGUUUGCUGGCUGUAAUGUGGUGACAUGCCCUUGUCAAUGUACAUUCUGUUGGAGGUGUGGAGACCUGGAUUCAAACCAUAACAUAUAUCUCUGCAAACAAGCUGCAGUUGAUUAUGAAACCUUUGAAUUUAAUGAAGAGCCCAUGGAACAUGUAUACGAGCUGUCAAUCAUGCAUCAUUUCAAGAGAUCAGGAAUAUACAGUUUUAAAAGGAAUCAACUAGCUCACCAACUGGCCAAUAAAGUGGCUAUUACAUUCACCCUGGAUAAUGGUCCAGGUCACUGUGACAGACAAGCAACGGAGUCCGCAUCUGCAAAGGCUCUAACAUUCUCGGUACUAAGAGGCAAGGAAUCCGGCGUGAAGCUCUUGGAAGAAAUAAACAAUUUGUUUAAGAAGGCAUCAGAUUUCCUGCUGGAGGCAUAUUCCGUUCUAGAAUUCUUAGAGAUCCAUCUUGUGUCUUUUCCUCCAUGUGAACAGAAGAGGGAGCUCUACCAGCGGAAAACAAGACUAGCUUUCAUUUCUCAACAGCUUGAUGAUAUCUUGAACCAAAGGAUAGGAGAUGCCAAAGGGUGUGUGGAGAGGGUCAAUAUGCUCUAUGAGAAUGGAAAGAGUUGUCUGUUCUCUCUCCCAAGACGAACUUCAGAACUGAGCAACAUGAGAGAAACUCCCAUCAAUCACAAUUACAGGGAAUGAUCAGCUGUAUGUUUUGUAGACACCCCAUAAUGGUGCUAUAAAUCCGGGGUAACCUUGGAAUAGUCUGUAUCCAGAGAAAUGAUGAUUUAUAGAUACCUACAGUAUUAUUGUUAUUAUUAUUAUUAUUAUGAUUAUUAUUAUUAUUAUUAAUAUUAUUAUUAUUACAACAAAGAUCCCAGAGUUACAGUGAAGCAGUAUCAUAAGUAAAUUGCCAAUUGGUCUACACCCACUUGGUCUACUUUUCAUUUGGUCUCAUCCCACAAGUCUAAUCCUAGUUGAUCUACCAUUUGGGCUAAUUGCCAUAAAGCCCAUUUACCAUUUGGUCUAACGCCCAGCUAGGCUAGACCUAUGUCAUCAAAUAUCCAUUUAGUCUAACACUAGGGCCCAUAUUCUGAAGUUGGGUUUAACUUAAACUGGGAAGCCAAUUGUAACAUAAAUCACUAACGGUAGAGAUAUCAUAUUUCAGCUCGUUUGGCUCUCAAAUCAUUCAUAAUUGUCUAGGAAGUAUGUAUAGAUUAUUGUCUUCACCAUCGAUGAAUCAGGAAAGAGCACAGUAAACAUAAGAAAUGUACAACUAAAAAAUUUUUUUGACACUUUUGGCUUCCCAUACUUAAACCACAACUUUAAACCUGAGUUUAAGUUAAACCUGACUUCAGAAUACGGGCCUAUAUGUUUAAAUGAACUGCUUAGGAACCAAAUUUUCAUUUAAAGAAGUGCAAAAUCAUAAGCAAAUGUAGUGGUCAUUAUACUAAAUUUUAGUUACAACGAACGCUUGGACCAAUUAGUAAUUGGGCUAAAUUGAUUGACCAAGUGGAUUUAGCCAUGAUGGUCUGAUGAUUGAAAAUUAGACCGUCUUCUCGUAGACAAAGUUGAUACAAACCAUUUCAUUAUCCCUUGGUUUAUCUUCUGAUAGGCUUGUAGUUCUUUGAGAUGAACUAGGGAUUGUGACAUGAGGCUCUGUCACAUCGCCCUGUGCACACCUUGCAUGCGACUUGCAGGUGACUACUAAUUUUGCUACCCACAGGUUACCCACAUGGACAGCAUCUAGCACUUGGUUGCCCAUGGGAGUGCAUUGUAAGUCUGAGUUGCCCUCAGAAAAGUUUUGAACAUGCUCAAAAGUUUGUUGCAGGUGAGUUGUGGGUGAUUUGCGCCAAGGCUUGCACAGAAAGGUGUGAUAGGGUCUCUGCUCUUAUGAUCUUCAAUGGGCUGUUGAACCGUGAGUCUCGAAACUUGAAAAAGUUGAGGAAUGCUCAGAAAAAGCUAAAAUUCAGAGCAAGUACAUAGUUAGCAACCUUCAUUUGCCUGGAAAGAGUUCUUUACAGGACUAGGACAUUGUUAUCAGACAAUAUCUCCACUAUUGCCAUAUUUCUAAAAUACAGCUUUUUCCGACCUGCCCUCAUGUAGAAAUGAGGUUUUUAAAAGCCCAAUAAUGAUGUGUGAUUGACGAUCCAAGGUGGUAUUAGAAGUAUUAAUUACCUGAAGACCUUAUUAUAAUGAAGCACAUUUUCACCCAUUACUUUGAAGAUGUUGCUUAAAGCUUAUUUUUUUAUAUUUUUGUAAAUCCACCAAAAGUGCCUGUUAUUAUUCCCAUUCAUUACAAGAUUAUAUGAAUGUGUAUACCCUAAAACAGUUAUGACGUGGACAAUGUUUUUUGAAAAAUGUUUUUUAUUGGAUGAAUUUUGCAAUUUUACAUGAAUAUUAAUUAUCACAAUGAAAUAUCUCUGUAGCUUUGUGAUAUCCAAUCACUGAAUUUGUACAAUAAGUGCUCAAAGGGCACAUUUUUUAAUAACUUUAUUUUGUUAGAAUGUAGUAAAAAUACCUAGUAGAUACUUCUUUUUCACAUUAAGAUUUUCCAACCAGAAAUAUUGAAAAGGACCACAUUAAACGUUAUUGUUGUUGAUAUCAUUUAGUUAUUCAGGAAAAGUUGCAAAUACAAUUGAAAUUUUAUACAAGAUUCAAUAAAAUCAACAUUUUACAAAGUAAGUAACAUACCCUGUUGUGCAUAAACGUUGAUUGUAUUGUUGUGCUCCAGUCCCAUAAUUUUGCUUCGCCUUUAAUUUUAAAAAAAAAAUUCCUCGCUUUCACUUUUUAGUAUCCUGGCUGGCCAAAUCUUGGACAUUCCCCCCAUUCAUUCUUGGGUAUGAAGAAAGAAAAAAAGUUUGUCAACUGCAUAAUGGUCAAUUUUGCCUUUUUGUGGAAGUUCUGUGGUCAAGUGGUCUAAGGCUUCUGAUCUGACUAGACAUUCAAAAGUCUGGGAUUUGAUCCCCGGCCACAGCACUGUCUGUGAGCAAGGCAUCUAAUUGAUAAUGCACUUUUAUUCUCCAUUUAAAUAAAUGUAAAUGCUAUAUGCAUUCUUUGUUCACUAGUUUAAAACCAAAAAUAUGCCUUUUUUUUUCAUUUUGGGGCCCCUUUUUUUUUUUUUUACCUGCCUAGCCAAGGACCCUCAGUCCUACCCUUACCGGCAAUAUGCAUCUGAGUUACUUCUUUAAGUUAAAUCUAGGUAUUGAAUAAAUUCAAUAAAAACUCACAUUUUUA